CACCACGACCACCGCCAACAGCAGCAGCAGCAGCAGCAGACUCGUAUUCGACGUGCGACGGUAUUAUUAAUAUUUCUGGCCGAGAGGAUCGGAAAAAAGAUUGUGUGCAAUUUGGAGAGGAAAAUCUUUACCUAACCUAACCCUCGGUCGCUCUACAUUAUAUGCACAAGUGCACAACACGAUAUUUAUUAUUCAAUUAUUGAUAUUUAUUAUCGAUCGAUGGUCGGAUAAGUCGCGUGUGUCGCAAUUAAAUAAAAUUACUGUCGUCUGGUCGCGGCUAGGAAAUACAGUUUUCAAUGCCACCACUUCAACUACUGGCACAGUUGUAUUACGCUUAGGUAUUUGAAUGCUUGAUAAUCGUGUCGCCUAACUCUAUCCAGUUAGUCAACAUGAAAAAACUCUUUUCGAAAAUCGACAACUCCAACAAAGAUCCCAACUGCUUUGUUGGUAAACAGUUCACCGUUGGCCGUACCUCUGUAACCGUUGAAGAUGUGAUCGCCGAAGGAGGUUUUGCUGUGGUUUUUCUUGUAAAAAGCAACAAUAAAAAAUAUGCCGUUAAGCGCCUGUUUGUCAACGAUGAAGUGGACUUGGGUGUCGCUAAAAAAGAGAUACAAAUAGCCAGUAGCUUAAACGGGCAUAAAAAUAUUGUCGGUUUUAUUGAUUCAAAUAUUACACGCCAUAAUAAUGGAGUUCAUGAAGUAUUGAUGUUGAUGCCUUAUUGUCCAUCUAACGUUUUAACUCUAAUGAACAACAGACUGCAAUCUGGCCUAACAGAACCUGAAGUUCUUCAAAUAUUUUGUGAUACUUGUGAAGCAGUUAGCCGUUUGCACCAUUCUCAAACGCCUAUAAUACACAGAGAUUUAAAAAUAGAAAACAUCUUAGUUAAUGAAAAUGGUCAAUAUUUGCUGUGUGAUUUUGGUUCAGCAACAGCGCGUGAACUUGAUCCAAAUAUACAAGGAGUACAUGCUAUAGAAGAAGAAAUUAACAAGUAUACCACUAUAUCUUAUAGAUCACCUGAAAUGAUUGACUUGUACAACAAUAAAGUAAUAACCACAAAAUCAGAUAUUUGGGCUUUGGGUUGUCUAUUGUAUAAGUUAUGCUAUUUUACAUUACCAUUUGGUGAAAGUCCAUUAAAAAUACAAAGUGGUCAAUUCAGUAUUCCAGAUGCACCAGAAUAUUCUAUUAAAUUAAAUACAUUAAUUAAAUAUAUGUUGGAAGUUGAACCUGAUUUACGUCCAGACAUUUUCCAGGUUUCUUACAUUGCAUUCCAAUUAGCUGGAAAAGAUUGUCCAGUUCAAAAUUUAAAUAAUGUUCCCAAUCCAAAUAUCAAUGAAUUAAUUGUAUCUCUAAAUGAAAAACGAGUUCCUCAAACACCAAAAACGCAUGUCAAACCAAAUUACCAUUCAUCUGCUGUUGUAGAAGGCACUAGUGUGAAUCCGAGGCAAAGACCAAAACCUUUAAGUUCUGGAAUACCUCCACCUUUAGGUUCAUCUCCUACAUUCAAAAGAGCAUUUCAACCAGUUGUUGGAAUUUUGACAAAUUCUCAUUCUCCAGAUACAUCUCACCAAAAUAAAAUACCGCAACAAAUAUCUCCACGUGAAAAGGCUCCCCAGGUGUUAUUUCCAGCCAAAGACUAUGCAGAUCCAUUUGUUGAAACUACAUUCACUCAAUCUACAACAGUGUCACCUUCAUCAUCCCCAUUAAUUUCUAUGCCCAAACAUAAACGAAAUGUUAGUGAAACUUCUACAUUCUCCAAAAUAUUUGUUAAUGAUAAUUCAAAUCAAUUCAUGACAUCUUAUGGAGAUUCUACCAAAAAUUGUUCUGUACCUAAAAACGAUUCUGCCGGGUUUUCAGUUUCUAAUGUAGAAGUUACUAAUUUGAAUGCAAAUACAUCAUGGAAUCCAUUUGAAGAAACAACACCUUUUAACUAUCAAAUUACUGGUGAAGAAAUGUUCAACUCAUCAUUUAGUCAAAUCCCUUCAAAUGACAAUGAUGAAGUUAAUGGAAAAUCUCAAGUAAAGUACUAGUACUACAAAAACACUGAAAUCCAAUGUAACCGACGAAGAUCCAUUUGGUUCUGCACCAUUUCCUUACAAAAGUAUAGAUGAAUCUUUGGGAAAUAGCCCAAUUAGAAAAAUGUCACUUAAUGGUUUGCGACAUGAUGGGAAUCAGGAUUGAUACACAUUUAACAAUGUCUCACCAUAAAUUGUGCAUAUCAUAGAUACGAGUAACGGUGAUAAUAUAUGCAUGAAUUAUUUACCUUCUACAACAACUACUGUUCUACUUAGUUAAAUUUUAUAUUUCUUAUAAUAGUAAUUAACUUAUAAUCUUAUAUACCUUAUAAAAUUGCAUGUUAAAUGUUGGAUAUCUUAUUAUUUAAAAUAUAUUAUAUUAUUAAUUCAAA